AGAUAGCUCAUUCAGCAUAUCCUGAUUCACCUCUAGGACCAGAUGCUUUUCAUGAAUAUGAAUCCUUGCUUGUCCAAGAUUAUGAGGAGCUCACCAAGAGACAUGAGACAAAUUCUAGACAGUCUGGAGACAGUGACUUGAAGGAACAUAUCACCCCCAAAAAUGAAGGGUGGUCACAACUCACUUCCAGUGAAGAGGAAAUUUCUAACUUAGAUGCCCUUUCAGGUGCAAGAGAUUCAUGUGAAGAUGAUCCACUAGGCCAUGCACAAGAUAGGGAUCAAUUGCUGAAGCAUAUUUAUCAAAUCAGCAUGAGAAUUCUAUCAGCCCAGGGUUGCCUCCAUUAAGUACUGGGACAGCUGCUGAGGGCGAGGACAUCCCUCCUGGGGCGACUCUUACAGCCCAAUUUCUUUAUCAUCUGGCCUCAAAGAUGGAUCUGAAAUUGGAAAUAUUCUCUCUUGGUGAUUUAUCAAAAACUGUUGGGAAGCUUUUGACAGACAUGUCAAGUCUUUAUGACGUAGGUCGGCGUAAAAAAUCAGCAGGGUUAUUGCUCAUUGAUCGCACGCUUGAUCUUCUUACUCCAUGCUGUCAUGGGGACUCACUUGUGGAUAGUAUAUUUUCAUCUUUGCCUCGGAGGGGAAGAACAUCUUCUGCGAACAUGAAGGGUUCACAAACCCAAUUCAAACAUGGCCCUGCUAACCUAAAACGUGCACCCCUUGAUGUUCAGAUACCACUCGACAAACUCCUUAGCAAAGAAGAGUCUACGACAGAGAAUUUUCAGCUGCUGGAAAGCAUCGAGGCUUUUCUACAUGGGUGGAAUAACAGUGGCGCGGUUUCUCAAAAGGUCGAGCUGGUCAAUCUCAGUAGUAAACUUAAUGAAGAAUCUGUUUAUUCCAGAAGUGAUCUACUAUCUGGAUCCUUUGUCUCCACUGAAUAUUUUAAUGGAACACCAUAUUUGGAAUCCAUACUAGAUAGAAGCACAAAAGAUGGGGCUGUACUGAUCAAGAAGUGGCUUCAAGAGACAUUACGUCUGGAAAAUAUAACUUUGAAUGUGAAAAUUCGUCCUGGUUUUGCUUCAAACUCAGAGUUGCAUCCUAUGAUUAAAGCUCUGGCUAAAAAUGAGUCAUCUUUAAUGAGAAACAAAGGAAUUAUUCAGCUAGCGGCUGCCACAUUAUAUGCUCUGGAUGAGUUACACAGUGCCAGAUCGCAUGCGUUCAACAGUGCUGAGAAGAUGUUGAAUUUAAGUGCUGGAGACACAAGCCAGAGCCUUGCUGCUCAAAUAAGUGAUCUCAUCAAUAAAAGUGCUUUAGUGGGCUCGCAAGGACGGAAGAGUGGGAAAAUGGAGCCAUCACAGGGGCUUCUUAGUUUUCAAGAUGCUUUGCUCCUCACCAUUAUUGGAUAUAUAUUAGCAGGGGAAAAUUUCCCCACAUCCGGCUCUGGUGGUCCUUUUUCGUGGCAAGAGGAGCAUUUCUUGAAAGAAGCUAUUGUUGAUGCGGUUCUUGAGAACCCAGCAGCAGCAAAACUAAAAUUUCUUCAAGGACUUUCAGACGAGCUUGAAGCCAACUUAAACAGGAACAAGGUAGAAGAAAUGGAUGGACAGUCUAAUCUACAAACUGAUGAUGAUUUUGAUGAUGAUCAGUGGGGCAGUUGGGGUGAUCAAGAUGCUGAUAAAAACAUUAAUAAAGAGCAAGUAUAUGAUGACAUGCAGCUGAAGUUGGAUUUGCGUGAUAGGGUGGAUAAUCUGUUCAAAUUCUUUCAUAAGUUAUCCAGAUUGAAGAGAAAUACGUCAUUGAGAGAGGGGACGUUGGCCUUAGAAAGUACCUUCAGUGGAGGUCCUUAUUCAAGUAAAGGACUUCUUCAUAAACUUCUAAUAAAUGUACUGGGUAAGUAUGAUGUACCUGGCUUGGAGUACCAUUCCUCUACUGUUGGUCGACUUUUCAAAAGCGGGUUUGGAAGGUUUGGUCUUAGACAGGCAAAACCUAGCCUUGCCGACCAAAAUGUUAUUCUAGUUUUUAUUAUAGGAGGCAUCAAUGGCGUUGAGGUUUGAACCCCUCUCUCUCUCUCUCUGAAAUAGUGUCUGUGUGUAGGGUCUUUUGGUGUCAAGCAUAUGAUUUUCGAGAAUAUUCUCUACUAUUGCUUUACCUUAUGUGUCUCGUAUAAAUGCACCGGAAAUUAUGACGACCAUUUUACUUGAGGUUUUCCUUCCUGGAGGAAAAUAUUUUGUAAAAUAGACUAGAAUUUGAUUUCUUUUAUCAGAAAUAUGAUAACACUUUGUCCUCUUAUUGUAUCUCAAGGUACGUGAAGCUCAGGAGGCAUUAUCUGAGAGCGGCAGAACUGAUAUAGAAUUGAUUCUUGGUGGAACAACUCUUCUAACUCCUAAUGACAUGCUUGAUUUGCUUUUGGGGGAUUCUAGCUACAUUUAAACCUCACUAAAAUUUACUUAAAAUUUCUUGUCAUACAUGUAUGAAAGCUUUACGUCUCAU